GUGGUGCUUGACGAGAAGCAUCUGCCUCACGAUGGCGUCAGCUCAGCCCAGUACACGCUGGGCCGCAUAGGUAGCCACAACGUCGUCCUGGCAUGCCUGCCGGCUGGCCAGAUGGGCAUCGGCGCUGCUGCGUUCAGCGCGGGGCAAGCCACGUCCAUCUUCACGUCGAUCCGCUUCGGACUGAUGGUAGGCGUCGGCGGCGGAGCGCCGAGCGCCGAGGCAGACGUGCGACUAGGAGACGUCGUGGUCAGUCAGCCGGUCCAGCAGCACGGCGGAGUGGUGCAGUAUGACUUUGGCAAGACGGGACCGGGCGGACGCAUGACGCGGACCGGAUCGCUGAACGCGCCGCCCAAGGCGCUGCUCCACGCCGUCACUCAGUUGAGGGCGUACCGUUAUCAGGACAGGCAGGAUAGAGGUUCUCUUGCAACGCAUCUGUCAGCCUUUGAUCAACACCCAUACUUCAGCUGCGAGGAAGCCGGGCCUGACGUUCUGUUCAAGGCGACAUACCACCAUGAUGGUGGAGCGACGUGCGAGCGUUGCAGCAAGGACCAUGUCGUACACCGGACGACACGAAGAGCUGACGAGGAAGUGACCAUCCACUACGGCACGAUAGCGUCAGGCAACCAGGUGAUCAAGGAUGGAGCCACGCGCGACCGGCUGAGCGAAGAGCUGGACGGGGUGCUGUGCUUCGAGAUGGAAGCAGCGGGCCUGAUGAACGACUUCCCGUGCCUGGUGGUGCGAGGCAUCUGCGACUACGCCGACUCGCACAAGAACAAGGCGUGGCAGCCGUAUGCAGCAGCGACGGCAGCAGCGUGUGCAAAAGCGAUCUUGUCACUCAUCCCCGCGGCAGAGGUGGUGAAGACCGCAGCAGUAGGAGAAGCUUGCAAGUACCGCGUCCCCUUCAACCUUAAGGGUGUACCUGUGGGGAAGUUUGCAGAGCGGGCGAGAGAUACGGAAGAGCUAGAGCAGGCGCUCCUGCAGCAAGACGGCAUGAAAGAACGGCGGUUGCUGGCAGUCUACGGACUGGGCGGCGUGGGCAAGACGCAGCUGGCGGCCAACUUUGCCCGGCGAUACCAGCACAGCUUCUCGUCAGUGCUGUGGCUAGACGGGAGCAGCGAGAGCAGCCUCAAGCAGAGCUUUGCGGCGUUUGCGAGCCGCAUCCCCGCAGGCCAGAUCCCCGAGGCCAGCAGGCUGUAUGCCACCGACCAGGGCGGCGACGUCGACGCGGUGGUGAGAGAUGUGCUGGGCUGGCUGAGCAUAGCGGACAACAGCGAUUGGCUGCUGGUGGUCGACAACGUUGAUCGAGACGAUCGACAGCGCAAAGAAGACACGGAGGCGUACAACGUGGAAGAGUACCUGCCGGAGGCCGACCAUGGAUCGGUGCUGAUCACAACCCGUCUUUGGCAUCUGGGCCAGCUCGGAGAGCGGUGGGAAGUGAGAAAGGUGGAUAAGGAGCAGGCGCAGGCCAUCUUCAAGAUGUGGUACGGGAGGGGCGUGGGCCAAGAGGCUGACGAGCUGCUGGGGCUGCUCGACGGGCUGCCGCUGGCCCUGGCGCAGGCUGCUGCGUACAUGAGCGAGACAGGCACGAGCUUCAGCAUCUACACUCGGCUGUACAAAGAGCAGUGGCGGCAGUUGAUGGAGCCGCACGACGGCAGGCGCAUGCCGCUGCGGAGCUACACGAACGGCAGCAUAGCGACAACCUGGACAAUAUCGUACACGGCUGUCCGGGCAAGGAACAAGGCUGCCGCGAACCUGCUGCUUCUGUGGGCGCAUGUGGACAACAAGGGCCUGUGGCAUGAGCUGCUUGCCUCUGCAUCGUGGAAGUCGGUUGUGGCUGCAGAGCGAACAGCAGCAUGGCUUGGAGAGAUGGGACGCAGCGAGGUGGAGUUUAUCGAGGCUGUCAGGACGCUUCGGAGCUAUUCACUGGUAGAAGAGGCGGGAGACCAGACAGGCUACUCGACGCACCCGGUGGUGCACCAAUGGGCGCUGUACAUGCAAGACGACGGGCAACGAACCGCGCUAUCGUGGCUGGCAACUGUGCUUGUUGGGUUAGCGGUGCCGGGGAGUGACGAGAAGAAGUACUGCGAGACGCAAGCGCGACUUGUUCCGCACGCCGAGCGGCGCGAGAAGAGCGUAGUAAGAGAGGACAAGACGGACCAGAGGGCAAAGGAUAGAGCUAGUGAGCAGGAGGAGGAUGAGCAGACACUGCUGUGGGCAGUCCACAACUUAGGCAAUCUUUACAGGGACCAGGGAAAGCUGGACAAGGCAGAGACGAUGUACACACAGGCACUGGAAGGCUACAAGAAGGCGCUAGGCGAAGACCACACGGACCAGGGAAAGCUUGACAAGGCCGAGGAGAUGUACGAGCGAUCGCUAGAGGGGUACAAGAAUGCAGUUGGACCUAAAAGGAUCACUACCUAUGUGCCAGCUCUCAACACUCUGUGGGCCCUCGGUUCGCUAUGUGACAGCCUAGGCCGCGUGGACGAGGCCAGAGCGUGGUACUUGAAAGCACUCUCAGGCUACGAGAAGGUGUUUGGGGAAGGCCAUCCCAAGUUCCAGCCAUUGCGCGACAAUCUUGUCGCUCUAGAAGGGCCAAACAAAGACAGCAACGCCCCAGUCCAGACAGCUCCAGUGCAGGAGCAUUUGUAUCGCCAAGAUAUUGCGGUCCCUAAUCAGCGACAGCCCAGGCUGUGCAAUGUAGGACUUAGGUACGCUGGGUCCAACUACUGGGAGUGGGCCAAGAGAUCCCCUUCCCCAGAUCACGACGCUUCGGACAAAUUAGAUUAGAUCGUCUAAGUUACGCAAAGAAAAUGCUAGAGCUUUAACUUUAGUAAACCGGUCUACUGAAAAACUGCGAUC